AUGGAUGCCGUUGAGCCUGACCAGACGCCUUUUGCGGCAGUGACGACGCAUACCUCAAAGCUGGCUCGGAAAUACCAAGCCUAUCUUGAUGCCGCAACCCCUUACACUACAUACCGAUGGAUAGGCACUGGCCUUCUGCUUGUUGUCUUCUUCUUGAGAAUUGUUAUGGCACAGGGCUGGUAUAUCGUCGCCUACACCCUGGGAAUCUAUCUUCUCAACCUCUUUCUUGCCUUUCUACAACCCAAGUUCGAUCCAUCUCUCACGCAGGAUGAGGGCCUAGAGGAUGGCGAAAGCUCUCUCCCAACCAAACAGGACGACGAGUUCCGCCCUUUCAUUCGAAGACUCCCUGAGUUCAAAUUUUGGCAUUCGGCCACCCGGGCGAUCUUCAUCGCAUUCCUCUGCUCCUGGUCGGAGAUCUUCAAUAUCCCCGUCUUCUGGCCUGUCUUGGUGGUCUACUGGUUGCUGCUAUUUGGCCUCACGAUGCGACGACAAAUACAACACAUGAUUAAAUACCGCUACGUCCCCUUCACGUUCGGCAAAGCGAAAUAUGGCCGUAGCUAA